CACAUAAAUAGAGCAAAGAACGGCACAAGACUCGGUGUAGUCCUGGAGAAGCUGCCAGAGUGUGACAAACACACAGAACAUUGUCACAGCUGUGUCUGACCUUCUAGCCGGCUAACAGACAUGACUAGCCACACCUGUAUGAUGUUACUGCUCCUAGAUCUGGCUGUAGUAUCAUUCCAAGGCUCAUGGGCCAUUGAAGGCAUCUCAUGCUGUCUUAACGUGAGUAACAAACAGAUUCCCUCCAGAAAUGUGAAAUGUUACAAACUACAGGAUAAAUGGACCGGCUGCAACCUCAAAGCUGUGAUAUUUGUCACCCGUAUAAACACACAUUUUUGUGCAUCUCCCGAUGAGCAGUGGGUGCAGGAUCUGAUAAACAAAUUAGACAAUCGCAAAAAAGAGAUCAUAUGUCCCUGAAUAACCGGAGGGUUAAAUGUCUGAUGAGCGUCCUGAUAGCGAGGAGCUCACGCAGCAAAAGUCAGACCUGACUGCCUUCUGUAUCUAAAUAUUUAUGCAGAUAUAUUUUUUUUAAUCAUGUAUAUAAAUAUUAGAGAUGAGACCUUGAUACUUUUAAUACCUGAUACUGUAAGGUCAAUACUAUGAAUUUCUGAAACAUAUGUUAUAUUCAAUAAUCAAAUGUUACAUUUGAUAUUCAAAAUAUGAGUAAUUUGAACCUUUGGAGAUUGAGUAUUGAAGUUCAAAAAUAGGUACCAGUAUCACUGUAUCAAGUGUGAGAACAGCCAAUCUCUAAUAUAUAUCUUUAUCUGUUGUAGGACAUCAGUGUAUAUAAUCAUGUGGCGUUUAUCUGUUGUAGGACAUCAGUGUAUAUAAUCAUGUGGUGUUUAUCUGUUGUAGGACAUCAGUGUAUAUAAUCAUGUGGUGUUUAUCUGUUGUAGGACAUCAGUGUAUAUAAUCAUGUGGUGUUUAUCUGUAGUAGGACAUCAGUGUAUAUAAUCAUGUGGUGUUUAUCUGUUGUAGGACAUCAGUGUAUAUAAUCAUGUGGUGUUUAUCUGUUGUAGGACAUCAGUGUAUAUAAUCAUGUGGUGUUUAUCUGUUGUAGGACAUCAGUGUAUAUAAUCAUGUGGUGUUUAUCUGUUGUAGGACAUCAGUGUAUAUAAUCAUGUGGUGUUUAUCUGUUGUAGGACAUCAGUAUAUAUAAUCAUGUGAUGUUUAUCUGUUAUAGGACAUCAGUGUAUAUAAUCAUGUGGUGUUUAUCUGUUGUAGGACAUCAGUGUAUAUAAUAAUGUGUUGUUUAUCUGUUGUAGGACAUCAGUGUAUAUAAUCAUGUGGUGUUUAUCUGUUGUAGGACAUCAGUGUAUAUAAUCAUGUGAUGUUUAUCUGUUAUAGGACAUCAGUGUAUAUAAUCAUGUGGUGUUUAUCUGUUGUAGGACAUCAGUGUAUAUAAUCAUGUGAUGUUUAUCUGUUGUAGGACAUCAGUAUAUAUAAUCAUGUGAUGUUUAUCUGUUGUAGGACAUCAGUGUAUAUAAUCAUGUGAUGUUUAUCUGUUGUAGGACAUCAGUGUAUAUAAUCAUGUGGUGUUUAUCUGUUGUAGGACAUCAGUGUAUAUAAUCAUGUGAUGUUUAUCUGUUGUAGGACAUCAGUGUAUAUAAUCAUGUGGUGUUUAUCUGUUGUAGGACAUCAGUGUAUAUAAUCAUGUGGUGUUUAUCUGUUGUAGGACAUCAGUGUUAGCUGCGUGACAGCUGCAGUUAGUUGUAUUUGAGAUGAGGAAUUCUGGAAAUUUAUUGAGUUUAAGCUAAUUUGAAGUUAUUUUUAAACACAAAACUAAACCACCAUAAAAUCAUUAAGAAUAGACUAAAUGUAACGCACUUUCUUUGUAUCACCUGCAUUUUUAAUUGGUGACUUCAAAGGACAACACUUAUUUCAUAGUUUUUUUUUUUUUUAGAAUCAAAGUUUUUUAUUGAGGGAUACCAGGAGUACAAAAUUAAAGCACAAUAAACAUUAUACAAAGAGUAAAUACAUUAUACAUCAAAGGCUUGUACAUUCCUAAAGUCUCCAGUAUAAUAUAAAAUAUAAAAUAAUCACGUUCUGGCAUUCCCUCUUUUCUAUUUUGUUUUGUUUCCUAUGUAGAUACAUAAUAAAAUAAUAUAAUGAUAGAAUUUAAACAACCCUGAUAGAUUAUACUUCCUAUAGAAUGGUACAUUAAUUAUAAUAGAGGUGUAUUUAUUUUUGAAGGAUUGACAAAUUAUAGGGAAUCAUAACAAGUUGCUCCUAUUAGAUACACGUAAACAGGGGGCAAAGAGCCUCAUUUUCAUGAUGAACAAAAGACUAAGAGCAACUUAUGACAAAGUGAUGUUUGUAGCGGGUUAAUACCGCUUAUUUAUCCACCUAAUAUAAGAGUGGAUUAUAGCUAUAAGGGCGGAGGGGCGGAGCACUAAGUUAUAUCGGAGCUAACGAGUAUCCCAGGUUAUUAUCAUGAUGUCUGCUCUCUAGGAGAAUACUUAAGUGGAAACCUGAUAAAAAGUCCCUGGGCCUUUGUGUUUAGAAAGAAUACGAUUAUAUUCUGGAUCAGUUACACUCAGUGAGGGGUAUUAGGAUGUCUGUUCUAUGAGAUAUAGGACAGACGGUAGCAUACCUGAUAUAAGAUGAAAUAUAGGGGGCUUCUAGAUAAG